AUGAUUAUUAGUCGUAUAAGAUCUGUAUCAUUUCUUCGUCCAAUUAAUAACUAUCGAAGUUAUUCUUACAAACCAAUAAGUCGACCUCAGAUAAAUUCAUUAGUCAACAAAUCUUAUAUUGACAAAAAACUGAAUAAGUUUACAUUGAAAGAAAUUCUGAAAACAAAAAUUGAAAUGUCUGGGCCAUUAACCGUUGCUUCAUAUAUGACAGAAAUAUUGACAAAUCCUGAAAGUGGCUACUACAUGUCUCGUGAUGUUUUUGGUCAAAAAGGAGAUUUUAUAACAUCACCAGAAAUCGGUCAAAUAUUUGGUGAGAUGAUAGCUAUUUGGUGCCUCACAGAAUAUCAGAAAAUUGGAUCACCACUUCCUCUGCAGAUCAUUGAACUUGGCCCAGGAAGAGCUACACUAAUACAAGACUUCUUGCGAGUUUUUGAUAAAUUCAAAGUCAGCAAAAAGUUAACAAUUCAUCUUGUUGAAUUGAGUCCUUAUUUAAGUACAAUGCAAGCACAAAAACUUUGUUAUUCUUCCUCAAAAAUGGAUCAAGAAAGCGGACUUCCAUACUAUCAAACAGGAGAAACUCUUGGAGGUGUACGAAUAUUUUGGUACCGCAGAAUUGAAGAUAUUCCCAAAGAAUUCUCCAUAAUCUUAGCACACGAGUUUUUCGAUGUCCUUCCAAUUCACAAACUUCAAAGAGAUGGAUCAUGUUGGAAAGAAAUUCUUGUCGAUAAAGAUCCAACAGAUGUCAAUAAGUUUCGUUACGUUUUAUCAAGGAAUGAAACUCCAGUUUCAAAAUUAUUCUCAUCGAUGAGGCCCAAUGAGAAACGAAAUCAUGUCGAAAUUUCUUUACAAUCUGAUUUGAUUGCACAACAAAUUGCUGAAAGAAUUGAGAGUUUUGGAGGAAUCGGUCUGAUAAUGGAUUAUGGCCAUGAAGGAGAGAAGGAAGAUACAUUUAGAGCUUUUAAAAAUCAUCAACUUUGUGAUGCUCUUCAUGAACCUGGAUCAGCUGACAUCACAGCUGAUGUUGACUUUAAAAAUUUGAAAAACAUUUUACAAACUGAUGAUAAAGUAAUUGCUUUUGGUCCCGUUGAACAAGGAACAUUUCUGAAAAGAAUGGGAGCAGAUGUUCGUCUAGAAAAGCUGCUUGAGAAUUGUGAAGAAAGCGAAAUCGAAAAUUUAAAGACAGGCUUAGAUAUGUUAAUUAAUCCACAAAAAAUGGGAUCUCGUUUUAAGUUUCUCUCUGUUUUCCCUCAUGUCUUAAAAGAUCAUUUAGAUAAAUUUCCCGUAAUGGGUUUUUAG